AAUUGCAAUCUUACUCAAACGAAAACCCAAAUAAUAAGUAGAGACUGACGAGCCUCAACAUACAGCGAGCAUAAGCAAAGGGUUAGAUCUCCGGCGCCAAUCUUCUUCAACACAAGAUGUCUUUAGUAGCAAACGAAGAGUUUCAACACAUUCUUCGUGUGUUGAACACUAACGUUGAUGGAAAACAGAGGAUUAUGUUUGCUCUUACCUCAAUCAAAGGUAUUGGUAGACGAUUCGCUAACAUUUGCUGCAAAAAAGCUGAUGUUGAUAUGAACAAGAGAGCUGGUGAAUUGACUGCUGCUGAGUUGGAGAACAUUAUGACUGUUGUUGCCAACCCUAGGCAAUUCAAGGUCCCAGAUUGGUUUUUGAAUAGAAAGAAGGAUUAUAAGGAUGGUAAGUAUUCUCAGGUUGUGUCCAACGCACUCGACAUGAAGUUGAGAGAUGAUUUGGAGCGUUUGAAGAAAAUCAGAAACCACCGUGGUUUGAGGCACUACUGGGGUCUUCGCGUUCGUGGUCAGCAUACUAAGACUACUGGUCGCAGGGGAAAGACUGUUGGUGUCUCCAAGAAGCGUUGAAGUGUUUCUGGUUUUGCUUGCAGAAGAGAUAUUAUCAGGGAACAAAUUUUAAAAUUGCGUUUAGACAUGUUGGCCAUAAUUUAUGUUUUUUAAUUUCUGUUGCAAAAUUUUGUUGUUUGCAUGACCUUGUGCCUCAGUUACAAUGUUGGUUUUGUAAGUUGCAGAGUCAUUAAAUAGGAUAUUUGAAAUUAUCUAUGUGCUUUAUAUUUAGGGAGUAUUUGAGAGGAGAUAAUUGGAGUUUAUUGUAUUCAGAUGCACUUAUAUCUUUAGGACAUUUUUGAGUUGAAUUAUUUGAGUUUAUCUAUUGA